GGAGUCAGCAUCCAGUCUGGGGACUCUGGAAGUGCUGAGCACUGGUCACCACCAGUUCUGCACACCCCUGCUUCCUAGAAGAUUAGUCUCUCUUGAGAUACAGGGACACAAAGCAGGAAUGAACAGAGGUUCAGCUCUGCUGGGUCCUUGUGGUGACCAAAGGGAACCUGGCUGUCACAUCCCCUGAGUAGCUGGGGCCCUCCUCUUUAACAGCCCAGUGAUGGGUUCUCUGGUCGUUUGAGAUCUGGGGCUCAAGCAAUUGGCAGUCUCUACCCUCGCCCCAGCUCCAGUUUCAAAGCCCUCACCAUCUCCUCAGCUAAAAUGGGUGCUCCAGGGUGGUCAGCCGACCUACACCACCCCGCCUGCCUUCCCAGAGCCUCACGCUGAUGCCCCAGCGGUAUGGAGACCUCUUCUGGGAGAGCCUUAGCCAAAGGCCCAGCCCCACCUGGACGGAAGAAUGGCACAUCCCUCCCUCACCGAUCACACCUGUGUUGUCACGAUCUGGGCUCCCCAAGACCUCUGACUCCCUACUUCAGUCCAAGUUCUCCUGAGAGACCCAGUUCUGCCCUCUAGCCCCUGCCCCCACCCCAUUCUCUGGCACAGAGAGCCACUGGUUGCUCCCAGCCUGGCCUGUACCCCCUUGAGAGGCUCCCACCCCCUGAGGUGCUUUGCAGAAGAAAGAGAAGGAGGCCACAUUUGGCGGGAAUGCAGCAGGGACCUGCGGGCAUCCCAGCCCAGGUGAGGGCUGUCACUUAUCACCUGGAGGAUCUAAGGAGGCGACAGAGAAUCAUCAAUGAACUGAAGAAGGCUCAGUGGGACGUCUCGGGGGCCGCACCUGAGCCCCUGGCACCUGCCACUGCCGGCUGCGGAGUCCCCAGCGCCACCGAGUACCCGGGUCUGGAAGAGGCGAGGGCUACCUAUCCACAGGAGGAGGGCCACCCUGUCACCACUGGCAGGACCCAGCUGCUCUGGUCCCCCUGGAGCCCCCUGGGCCUGGGGGGGGUCUGGUGUCCCCAGACGACUGGGCUCUCUGGCCUCCUACAGCGCUGUCCCAGCGGGCAGGAACCGCCUCCGCUCCCCCUGGGGCAUGGAGGUGCAGUCUGCGGACCUCUCCCAGCGACCUCCCCGCGCUCGGCACUGGGCGCUAACAGCCCCCUUGGCCGCCCGUGUCAAGCCAUCCCCCAGGGCUCCGCACGGCCUAUCGCCCUCCCCCCCCCCCCAACCGCCCGCCCGCGCUGGCUGGCACUGUGUUCUUUGCUCUGCUCGGGUAUUAAAAAGCAAGCGCGUUGAGCCCGAAGUGUCUUUCUGCUCGUGGAGCAGUGAUGGCGAGGCUGGCGCGCACGGAGGGCUGCGUCACCUCGAGGACCCGGCUAAGAUGAAGUCGGGCUGGACCCUCCGAACUCGAAGAGUCCCGCCGAGCCCCGCUCUUCCAGCCCCGGGGCGGCCCGCGCCCCGCUCUCUCGGCCCGGGCUCGGACCGCACUUCCGCCCCCCGGGACCCCCCAAGUCUGCCCCCCAAGUCCGGCCGCCGG